UACUCCUAGGUAUCGCUGUUCGGUAAAUGUGCUACUUCAGAGCCAUCUAGCAACUAAAUGUUACAUUCGGGAAUUUUUUGUGUAUUUCUCUGAAGAAAAAUGUCUGCCGUUAUUGGACUUGGGUUGAAAAAGGGAACUAUUUCCCUAAUUAAUUCUGCACCAAAGUCUCUGUUACCCCAUUUUUCCUUAGGAUUCUUUGCCAACCCACGGCGACAUGGGGCAACAUGGAAUCCUGAUAUGGAAUAUUACAAACAAUAUGAUAUGCCAUGUCUAAUUCCGCAAACCAAAGCAAAUGUAUGGAAAAUGCCUCCUUUAAACCACUAUGAAGCUCCAGUAGAGAAAUCGGUCACCAAUAUCAACCUUAAUUUUGGUCCACAACAUCCAGCUGCCCAUGGUGUAUUACGUUUAGUCUUGGAACUUGAUGGAGAAACUGUUGUCAGAGCUGAUCCUCAUAUCGGCUUGCUGCACAGAGGUACAGAAAAGCUGAUUGAGUACAAAACUUACACUCAAGCUCUUCCCUACUUUGACCGUUUGGACUAUGUUUCGAUGAUGGGAAAUGAGCAAUGCUAUUCACUGGCUGUUGAAAAAUUGUUAAACAUUGACGUCCCACUAAGAGCCAAAUAUAUUCGAGUGCUCUUUGCCGAACUUACGCGCAUUCUAAAUCACUUGAUGCAAAUCGGUACUCACGCCUUGGAUAUCGGUGCUUUGACGCCCUUCUUUUGGCUGUUCGAAGAGCGUGAGAAGAUGAUGGAAUUCUACGAACGUGUAUCAGGAGCUCGCAUGCACGCUGCCUAUGUUCGCCCAGGAGGAGUGGCUCUGGACCUCCCGUUGGGUCUCAUGGAUGACAUCUACGAGUUUUCCAGCAAAUUCGGAGAACGUAUCGAUGAAAUGGAAGACGUUUUGACUGCCAACCGCAUUUGGAAACAGCGAACCGUCGACAUUGGUAUCGUUUCCGCCGAAGACGCACUUAAUUACGGUUUCAGUGGUGUCAUGUUGCGCGGAUCUGGAAUCAAGUGGGACCUGAGGAAAACUCAACCUUACGACGCCUAUGAUUUGGUUGAAUUUGACGUUCCCGUGGGACUAAAAGGCGACUGCUAUGACAGAUACCUGUGCCGUGUUGAAGAGAUGCGGGAAUCUCUCCGCAUCAUCGAGCAAUGCCUGAAUAAAAUGCCGGUGGGUGAGGUCCGUGUUGACGAUGCCAAAAUCAUGGCGCCCAAGCGAUCCGAAAUGAAAACGUCGAUGGAAGCUCUCAUUCACCAUUUCAAGUUGUUCACACAGGGCUAUAACGUUCCUCCAGGAGCCACUUACACGGCUGUAGAGAAUCCCAAAGGUGAAUUUGGUGUGUAUCUCGUUUCUGACGGUUCUUCACGCCCAUAUCGCUGCAAAAUCAAGGCGCCAGGUUUCGCCCAUCUGGCCGCGUUGGAGAAAGUCGGCCGCAACCACAUGCUCGCCGAUAUUGUCGCCAUCAUUGGUACACUGGAUGUGGUUUUUGGAGAAAUUGAUCGCUGAAUGUGUUCCACGCCCUCUUUAUCUCCACACCGGUGA